UGCAGUUGGAAGAGGAUGAUGGUACGCCCCGCGGUGCUUUUGUUUCCUGUGAGAGGAGAACUUCAAUCGCUUGCACGCCGCGUCCUCAUUGGCCUGCUGAGUGUUUCAUGAGGGCGUCCCCUGAUUGGUCCGUCGUUCCACUUGGAAGACCGGCUCGGCCAAUCGGCGUCUGUCUGGGCAGCAGCAGUUGUGUCUCCACUGCAGCACUUUUUCUGCCUCAGUCAGGACGGCGCUCUGCGACGGAAGGAACUGCAGCUGAAUCAGGGAAUCUGCACAAGUGAACUCCGUCAUGGAGGUGCCCAGGAGGCUGCAUCCUUCCUCUUACACUCUGGCUCUCCCAAAACAAUCCUCCUCGAUGGCUCCCCUUGUCACUUUACAGAAUGUCACGAAGAGAGAUUCCUUCCCAGAGGACGGACCCACGGAGGAGAACGUCUUUGGUGAGGAGACGUUGGGUACAGAGGAGGAUGUUUCUGCGUCUGUCGGAGCGUCUGCCGAGACCUCGGAACUUGGAGAUACGAGGUCCAUACUUUCCUCGCAGGACAGUUUCUCAGAGGAUUGCCCUGUUUCAGAGGAGAGGUUGGCAGAGGAGGCUGAAGAGGCCAAGAAGAAAGCUGAAGAGGAGGAGGCAGCAGCGAAGGAGAGAGCAGCCCAGCGACAGCUGAUGGCCCUGGAGGAACUGGUGCAGUCUGAGAGGAAUUAUCUGCGAAUGCUGCAAAUUAGCACGGUAACCAUCAGGAGCAGCCUGCAGAAAAUACAGCCUCCUCUACCAAACCUGGACAGCAUGUUUCUCUACAUCGAGGAGGUGAUCAACGUGUCCACGCGGCUCCUCAGCUUGUUGGACCAGAAGCAGGUUCAGCCGGGAGAUCCUCUCUUCCUGGAGACGCUCUGUUCUUCGUUCCUCAGCUUGUCUUCAGACAUUGAGGCGGCGUAUAAAGAAUACCUGGCCAACUACAACAACGUGACGGUGGUGGAGAACAGCUACAAACAGAGGGAGGCGCUGUGGAACGAGCUCGUCAUGGUCAUCAAAGACGCGGCGCCUGAAGUCAACGCCACGUCCCUGAGCUUCUUCCUGGUGAUGCCAGUGCAGCGGAUCGCCCGCUACCCCCUCCUCCUGCAGACCAUUCAGAAGCACACGGAUGCCGCUCACCCGGCGUACGCUCUCCUGGAGCGCACCGCUCACACCUCCAUCGCCUUGAACUGUCGCAUCAACGAGUACAAGCGCUUCAGAGAAGUCGCCGACAAAUACAAGAAGACGGAAUCGUUAACCAUCAUCGACAAGAUCAACCGCCUCAGCACCCACAGCAUCGCCAAGAAGACGGCGAGACUCGGCCAGCAACUCAAACACGAGACCGGAAUCGUGCCCAAGCUGGUCGAUGAGGAGUUUGACGCGCUCGAGGGCUUAUUCUACGUUCUGGAACACGGCAUCCUGCAGCUCCUGGACAACGUUGAGACAUACCUGCACCACCUACAGGCGUUCCUGACCUGCAAAACAGAGGAGUUUGACUUUGAUAUGGACGGAGAGAAAGCGCCCAUUUGCUACAAGGAGAUCACGACAGCACUGAGACAGUGGAUACUUCCGACUUUUGAGAAGAGGAUGAGGACGUUGAUCCACAAGCCCCUGUGUGACCUCCGCGACCUCCUGGUGGGCCCGAGGAACCUGAUCAGGAAGAGGCUGGACAAGCUGCUGGACUAUGAAGUCCUCGAGUCCAAAUCUAACCUGAGCUACGAGGAGCAGGCCGUGGCCAACACGUACAGGACAAUCAACACGUUGCUCCUCAAUGAACUUCCUCGGUUUAACGGUGUAGCUCUGCAGAUGAUCUGGAGAAUGUUGGGGACGUUCAGUUGUCUUCACAAAGACCUCACGUCCGACAUGGAGCAACUCUUCCAGAGCUUUGCACAACAGCUGCCUCACAGCUCUCUCAGCCCCGGUGCAUUCUGGGAGUGGGCGGAGACCGCGGUGUUGGAAGGCGCGAGGAGGCUGGACACUCUUGGUCGAAGUGUGCAGGACACACUCAACGUGCCGGCCGUCCAGCCUCUGAGUCCGUCGUCCCAGCAGCGUCUGCAGCAGCUCAUGCACAAACACGGCUCUGGAAAGAUCUACCAGGUGGUCGGUGCGGUGGUGGGAAGCCGAGACCUGGACCUGAACCUGGUCAAAGGGGAGCUGGUGGCCAUCGUCAGUGAGAUGGACAGUCGAGGAGACAAGAGGAGGUGGCUCGUCGAUGCCGGAGGCAGACGAGGCUACGUUCCUGCCUCGAAGCUCGUUCGCUACCAUCAGCCAUCAGAGGACCCGCCCCCUUCGCCACACCUGACCCUGCCAGAGAGCAUGAUGGGAGUCAGAAGACACUCGUACACUCCAGAGAGCCGGCCACUGACGGUCAGGAGCCAGCCGUGCUUCCAGGUGUUGGCAGCCUACGACUUCUCGGCCAGAGGGAACCACGAGGUGUCCAUCCGGGCCGGCGAGCCGGUCCGCGUCCUGGAGCAUCACGACAAGCGAGGGAACGCCGAGUGGAGCCUGGUGGAGGUGAGGGGCGGGCAGAGAGGCUACGUGCCCUCCAACUACCUCAUAGUAUCGCCGCUGAGGAUGUGAGCCGCCGGCUGUGACGCUACUUCCUGAAAAGAAGGAAGUAAAGAAGGAAGUAAGGGUCAGGUGUCGACGCUGCUUCUCGAACUCAAAGCCUGUAUAGCUUUUUUUUACUUGUUUAGAUUUUAUCUAAAAGGCCAAAUCUUCUUUUUGAUUUUUACAACUGGAAGUUUUUUCUCUCCGUGCCUUUUCCUGCUCCCACCCUAAGAUUAAGAUCGCUUUUACUUUUCCCCAAGUUUUCCAUGUUCAUUGCGCAGUUUUGCAUGUGCGGUUUGGACUAGAGGUCGACUGUUGGGCUGAUUAUUGGGGCCGAUAUUUGCAAUUCUUUUUUUAAAUUAGGGUUGUCAACUCAUAACAGCUAAUCUUAAUACUCCAAUGAUAACCCACUGUUAUUUGUGGGGUGCAAAUGGACUUCAUGUGUGUUUGUAGAACUGAUGAAAUUUACAAGGUUUCUUGAAUGCUUCUCGAAGCCACUCCUUUUACGAUAGCAUAAUAGCAUUUUUCCUAGAAAUGCCCAUCCCCAUUUUAAGUCAUCAUUAAUUAUGAUUUAUUAAUCAGCCUAUUAUGCAUUUUUUUAUUCUCAGAAACCUGAUCAAUGUUGCUAAGUCACUACAACUUUAUUUUUUCAUCCCAAAAAAGCUAUUUUUUUGUAUUUUUAAUGACGUUUUCCAUGUAUUAUUUAGUUAAUACAUUAUUUCUUACUGUAUAUAAUUGCACUGAACUGUAGAUUUGAGAAACGGACCAACAAGUUACUGUAGAUAGAUUUUAUUUGUUAUCAUUAAAGCGUUAUAUUUGAUCAAAAAGUGGGGGAAAAUUAGCCUAGCUUAACUAUAUGAGCCAAAAAAAAUCUGCAUCAGUUAUCGGCCGUCGACCUCUAGUUUGGACGAUCUAAAAAUCUCAACAGUGAAAGUGUGUGACGUUGUUUUUACCGUUUCAGCACGGACGAUAAAACCUUUGCAGAACAAUCUGAAAAAAAGGACGAGCUUUCAAACAUAGCAACAGUGUUUUUCUUAUUUUCCCUGGACACAGAAUCUAAACCAGCAGAUUAGUGAACGUGUUAUUGCUGGAAAUAAAGGAAAACCUGAAUAAAUAUGAAGGAUGAUGCAUCACCAUGGAACGCUCAUGGACACCAGCACGAGACGAGACGACGCGUCUCUGCUGACGGAGCAGAAAACUCAACCCGGCGUCUCAAAGGCUGAAGGACGAUGUUUAAAGUUGCACUGUAAAAACUUUACUGGACAAUUUUGUCAAAGUGACGGGAAGCGACUUUCCAAGGCUGAGUCGUGAAGAGAGACACGUUUGGACACGAAGACCCGACGGGACACAACUGAACGGAAGAAAGACGUGUGUAUGAGUGUGUGUGUGUGAGAAUGUACCUCCUCUUCCUCACCUGACGUAGACAAGUCAUGUGACAAGAAGAGAUCAAUCAAAUGAGGGCUUCUCAAUCAAAUGAUCAUUGACAUUGUCCACAAACCAAAAUGAUCCAGUUUUGAUCCAAUGAUUUUGUUACAUGGAGCAAAGAAACCAGAAAAUAUUCACAUUUAAGAAGCUGAAAAAUCAAAUAGGCUAAUUAAUUGAUUUGAUAAAAUACUUGUAUCAACAGAAGGGGACGGACGUAUCGUACCGAAGCACUAUUCUAACGCCGUGGCUAAUUGGUCGAAUAAUCGGCGUCACGCGUGUCUAAUUGACUAAUUUCUCAUUUUAUUUCUAGUUUUUCUUUUUUAACUUCCAUUUGUGCAUUUUCUCCAUAGACCGUACAUCACGUAGACACGCCUCUUGAGCGCUUUUUACCUUGACUUUUUUAAUCAAAAUGACAAAUCAGUGAUUCCAUAAUCGCGAGCCAUCCCUCAUCAACAAUCGAGUCUUCUAGGAGCGACAGCUGUCCAGUAAUGGGGUCUGAGGACUUUUGUCCCUUUUUAUAAUGGAAGCUACAGCCGACUCCAAGGACAGCUGGUCUUCGGUGGACGCCUUCAAGACGUCGCUUCUCUGUCGUCUUUGCGUUAAACCCGUCUCCAGUGCCAGGAGAUUUCAUAAUCCCAUCCAACGAUUUUGACAUUCUGGUGUUUUUUUUUGUUUUUUUUUAAUGAACGUGGGGUAGUGUGGACGUUAUCGUGUGUGUGUGUGUGAAGUCUCCUCCUCCUCGUCCUCCUCACACUGACAGGGACACGGUACUCUCAUCAUCUCAGACUCUGUAACGUGAUGUUAAUGUGAAAUGUCUUCAGGCCUGAGUGGAGACGGAGACACGGAGGGAGAGAAGAAAUGGAGGAAAGUUUCCUCAUCAGCCUGGUUUUUUAUUUUUAAAGGUGAAGUGUCACAGCUGCUCGUUCUCUCUCUGUCCUCAUUACAGUCCCAAUCAUGUCCCUCCUCCUCCUCGUCCUCCGUCAGGGUUUUUUUGGGAAAAGUCGAACAUGGCAGAUGUUACGACGACACACUGACAGGACAGAAUCGACCCACUUCUGUGCUUCGUUGGACACCUGAUGAUGCCUGUUUCCAUGGAUACCGCUCAGUCCAUGCAGGUCGCGGUGGCUCUGUGGCAGCUCCUCACGCCGCUCUUAAUUGUCAAAGCUUUUUUUUAUUUUUUUUUACACGGAUUAGUGGAAAAUGUGCCACUUCAUUAUCUUCACUUUUUUUUUAUAGAAACGACGUGAUCUGUGAUCCGUGUCAAACCUCGUCUGUUUUUUGUUUUGUUUUGUUUUUUUGGGACGAGGAAGAUUCCUGUUUUGGUCCAACACUCAUCAAUCUUCUUCACGCAGACAGAUUUAAUUAAAAUUUUUAGAUAUUAAAAAAAGGGCCCUACUCUAUGGCAGUUGGUGACAAAUUGGCGAAGGUAGCGGAGCGUUGAGUCGCUGAAGAGACGGAUAUUUCCCCCAGGAUUUUUGGUGGAGACCAAAACAGAGAUAAAAAAGGGAGAGAGAAUGUUUUUUUAAUCUUCUGUCAGAAUAAAAUCCAGUUGCCUGCGAUGUGAUGUGAGAACACAAAACUGCACAAGCCAGAUGUUUGGUGGUAAAUGUCGGCGCUACAGCUAGGCACUGUCGCAGUGAAGGUAAAUUUACUUUUAUUCCGAUAUUAUCGCAAUCCACGAUAAUAGUAUAUUUAAAGUAGAAUAAUAGUCACACGGGUUGAACGCAAAAUCAGUCGAAUUGUGGUAGUUGGGGCUCGCCACAACCCUAGUUACAGCUAGGUGUGCUAACUAGCAAGCUAAUCUAGCCCUUUUAAGCACUACGCAACAUUCCGAUUUAUUAUUAUUGACGCCAGCAGGACAGGAAUGUGUGUGGACGACUUAAUGAAUUGGACACAAAAACACACAACGUCGGGUAGCGUUUCAAUCGGAACUUGACUCUCAGUUGGAUCUACAGUAUAUCCUGGCAGAAUCUUAGCUAGCUAACUAUAGCUUUCUUAUCUUAGUGAUUUUUAAAUCGGAGCUUUGCGCCCAAGUCCUACAUCUUAUGCCACAUGCUCCAUGUAGCACAACACGUUCCAGCCCAGAUGGUGGCGCUCUCUUGAGGAAGAUG